UCAGAUGUGGAGAGGAAGUGAGGGCGCGUGUGUCCCUCGGGAACACGAGAAGUGAAAUCAAAUAGCGGUGGAGAAGCAGAAAUGUGCCCACAUUUGUCGGUCCUCGUUUUCCACCGUGAGCAAACUCCGCCCCACCGCCACGUCAAAGAUAGAUUCCGGCUCCAUAAACAAACGCACCCCGUGAUCACACUGACUGUCGGUGAAUGAGAUAAACAAAGAGCCGGUGACUUUUCAGGACAACAGUCAACUCUCCUCAAUCUCCCCGGGAACAUGGAAACUGGUUUGUCUAAGGAGAAGGUAUCCACCUUUAUCAAGCGGCUGAAGGCCGAGCCACGUUACCUGUUGGCCCAGAAUGUGUCCACCUGCAUCGACCCGUUGGAGGUCUGUCUACACCGGCAGACUGUCCAAGAUACCGUGCACAUCUUCCAGCACUCCAUCUCCACAGAGGGCAAGCCCGUCACCAACCAGAAAAACUCAGGGAGAUGUUGGAUCUUCUCAUGCCUCAACGUCAUGCGACUUCCCUUCAUGAAGAAGUUCAACAUAGAGGAGUUUGAGUUUAGUCAGUCCUAUCUCUUUUUCUGGGACAAGAUUGAGCGUUGCUACUACUUCCUCCACGCCUGUGUGGAGACGGCACAGAGGAAGGAGGCUGUGGACGGACGCUUGGUCCAGUUCCUUCUUUCCAAUCCCACCAACGAUGGAGGACAGUGGGACAUGCUGGUCAACCUCAUUGAAAAGUACGGCGUGCUUCCAAAGAAAUGUUUCCCUGAGUCACACAGCUCAGAGGCCUCACGCCGAAUGAAUGACAUCCUCAAUCACAAGCUGAGGGAGUACUGCCUAAGACUGAGGAACAUGGUGGCCAGCGACGCUACCAAAGCCGAACUGUCGGACGCCAUGGAUGGCAUGAUAGAGGAGGUCUUCCGAGUGGCCAGUGUUUGUCUAGGCAGUCCACCUGAGACCAUCUGCUGGGAGUACAGGGACAAGGAUAAGAACUUCCACCGCAUGGGACCCCUCACCCCGCAGGACUUCUACAGGGAACACGUGAAACCGCUAUACAACAUUCAGGACAAAAUCUGCCUUGUAAAUGACCCUCGGCCACAAAACCCUUACGGGAAGCUGUACAGCGUGGAGUUCUUGGGGAACAUGGUCGGCGGCCGCAGCACCCUGUACAACAACCAGCCCAUCCAGCUGCUAAAGAAGGCUGCGGCCGAGUCUAUUAAGGAGGGAGAGGCUGUGUGGUUUGGCUGCGACGUCGGGAAGCAUUUCCACGGAAAGCUGGGCAUUAACGACAUGAAUGUGUUCAACCACGAGCUUGUGUUUGGUGUUUCUGUGAAGAACCUCUCCAAAGCUGAGAGACUGAUAUACGGCGACUCCCUCAUGACCCACGCCAUGAUCCUCACUGCUGUGACGGACAAGGAUGGUAAAGAAGGAUACGAAAAGUGGAGGGUGGAAAACUCCUGGGGCGACGACCGUGGAAACAAAGGUUACCUCAUCAUGACGGACGACUGGUUCUCAGAGUACGUGUAUGAGGUGGUGGUAGACAAGAAGUUCCUUCCUCCUGAUGUCCUUGAAGUGAUGCAAAAAGAGCCUGUCAUACUUCCUGCCUGGGAUCCGAUGGGAGCUUUGGCAUGAAUACUGAAAGCAAGGUUUUAGCCUCAGCCACUGGUCUAAUCGACUCCGCCCUAUUCUUCGGCUGCUUUUAUCUCUCCAUCAUUUCCCCGACAUCCCCUUCCAAGACAGCCUGUUCUUCUAGGAAAAUAAUAAAGAUUUUGUUUUCUCUUUUUUUACCGGA